CAAGACGAUGUUGUUUUGGUUGUUUAAGUUCAAAAGUAAAUACAGGCCAUUGGAUUGUGAUGUGUUGUUGUCCCUAGCGACGUGUGUGAGUGUUGGACACUUAGAAAUUUUUUUCCAACUGUAUUAUGGUAUGGUGGUUGUAUUUGCCUCCAAAUAUUUGAAAUCAAGUCAUAGACUUCUCUCAAUCUUGGACCAACCAUGCCUUACUAUGACACACAUCAAGCAAAUCCAGUCCCGCCUCAUCGUCUCGGGCACCAUUUCCGACCCUUUCGCCGCCGCAAAACUCAUCGCCUUCUGCGCCAUCUCCCACCGCGGCGACCUCUCUCAUGGCUACAAUCUCUUUCGCCACUUACGCCAUCGCUCCACCUUCAUUUGGAACACAAUUAUCAGAGCUUUCGUGGACAAAAAUCGAGCUUCCAAAGCUUUGUCUAUCUACAAACAGAUGGUGCAAAGUGGGUUUUUACCCAACAAUUAUACUUUCUCUUUUCUUCUCAGAGCUUGUGCUGAGCUCUCUGAAUGUUCUCUGGGUUUGAUAUACCAUGCCCAAGCUAUCAAAUUGGGUUGGGAAUCGUAUGAUUUUGUGCAAAAUGGAUUGAUCCAUUUGUACGCUACUUGUAGCUGUAUGGACUUAGCUUUUAAGCUGUUUGACUCCAGCUUGAAUCGUGAUGUGAUUACUUGGACGGCUGUGAUUAAUGGGUUUGUCAAGUCUGGGCAAGUUGUGAUUGCACGGGAGUUGUUCGAUAAAAUGCCGGAAAAGAAUGAGAUUUCAUGGAGUGCGAUGAUUACUGGGUAUGCGCAAGUUGGGUCGUUUAAAGAGGUUCUUGAGCUUUUUAAUGAUAUGCAGAUUGCUGGGAUUAAGCCUAAUCAUGCUGGGCUUGUUGGUGCAUUAUCGGCUUGUGCUUUUCUCGGUGCAUUGGAUCAGGGUAGAUGGAUUCAUGCGUAUAUCGAUAAACACAAACUCAAGCUAGAUAUAGUUUUGGGCACAGCUCUCGUAGAUAUGUACGCGAAAUGUGGAUGUAUGGAAGCAGCUUGUCGUGUCUUUGAUGAUAUGCCAAAUCGAGAUGUCUAUGCUUUUACUUCUUUGAUCUCGGGUCUAGCAAAUCAUGGUCAGAGUGCUAGUGCUAUUGAGUUGCUCACAAGGAUGAAGAAUGAAGGAGUUAAACCAAAUGAAGUUACAUUUAUCUGUAUACUAAGCGCAUGCAGUCGAAUGGGGUUGGUGGAAGAAGGGUUGAGAAUCUUUGAGAGCAUGAGUAAUGUUUAUGGAAUUGAACCAGGGGUUGAGCACUAUGGCUGCAUAGUAGAUCUCUUGGGUAGAGUUGGGAUGCUAGAGCAGGCAAAGAAGGUGGUAAGAGAAAUGCCCAUGGAACCGGAUUCUUAUGUAUUGGGUGCACUACUUAAUGCUUGUAGAGUUCACGGUGAUGUUGAGUUGGGAAAGGAAAUGGUUGAUGGCUUGGUUGAGCGAAGUCUUGACCAUGGUGGAGUUCAUGUUCUUCUUUCAAACAUUUAUGCCUCAGCUAACCAAUGGGGUUAUGUGGAAAAGAUACGAAAGGGAAUGGAGGAGAAGAAUGUGAAAAAAGUGCCCGGGUGUAGCUUAAUUGAAGUGGAUGGUGUGGUUUGUGAAUUCAAAGCCGGAAAUAGGACUCAUGUGCUUAUGGAGGAGAUCAUAUUGUUGUCAAUGGUGACUGAUAAGCACUUGAAAUCUCAUUGGUUUGAUGAUGAUGUAACUACUGAGCAUGUUUACUUGUAGCCUAGAGUGGUAGCAUACUAAAAUGCUUUGUUGAUUGAAACAAGUUUACCUUCUCAAGUUCUCAGAGCUGCAUUGAUUGUUAUUUUCAAUGUGAUGCAAAGAUGAUACAGAUGGUGAUAAAUGCUUAUUGUGGAUCACAGAAAAUACUGGAAAUCAUGUCGCUUCAUGGGAUAUUCAAGCACUAGAAUCCUUUGUGGGUGUAUAAUUAAUUCAACUUUAUGAGAAAUUUAACAUUAGUAGGCAUGUUUGCUGCUGGCAUUAAGGAUGCAGGUGGUACCGACAAUUAUGAGGUUUCAUGCCUUUCCAAAAGAUCUUCAGCACUCUGAAAUGAUUAGCAGCAGCAGCAGCACAAGUGAUUCAAAAGUUCAGCACAACAAGUUGCAUGCACUGAUCCAGAUACUACCAGAGAGAACAUUUUUAAGAGGCACAACAACAGCAACAAAUUGUAAAGAGAAAUUUACUCCGGUAAUGAUGUUUAGUUUGUCAACAGUCUGGGCUCCAUGGGGCACUACAUGGCUCCAGAAAUUCUCAUUCAUGGACAACAGUUUUGCAUCAUAGUUGCUGCACUUCAUGUUAGGCCACGGCCAUCAACACUUAUCCAUGUCCUUCCUGUUCUUUUACCCUGUUCGGAUAUUUAACCUGAUUCUGAGUGGGGGGUCAUCUCAUCAGAUAUUUUAGCAUGUUUGGGAGCCAUCAUGAGCUGCAGUGGAAGUUGGAAUAGGCAUGGAGCUCGGAGGAGAGAAGCUAUGAUCUACUCAGAAAUCAAGCGGCUGUGUCUAUCAACAGGAAGAAGAAUGUGACCUAGAGGAAACGCAACAUUUGGUUUUAUUAUGAUUGAAUGGUUCAGAUUAAGUGUUUAUUUAUUUUCUUUUUUUUUUUUAUAAAAAAAUUCCCUCUAGAAGGAAAACCAGAGGACCUGCAACAUAUAGUUAGAAAAGGAGCAAGUGUUGGGCCUUACAAAUGGUUUGUUUCAAGGAUUUGGAGCUGGUUCAAGAGUUUUUAUUGCUUUGAAAUUUCUUAAGACUUUCAAUUGUUAGAAUUGCCAAUAUGUUGAAUUUAGAUAUUCAUCCAUUUGAGAUCAAAUUCACAAUGCAAUCGAAUUUGAACAAAUGUGGAGAAUUUGGUAGCAGUUAUGGCUAUAACAAGGUUAAGAUGAAGCGUAUUUAAUAUUAUAUUAAUUUGUCUGAA